AUGUCACCACCAAUCACUCGCCAGCUAGCAGUUCCUGAAUCACCUAGCACAAGCGCUGGUGCUAUGCCUAAUGACCUAGCCCUCCCUCCACCCUCUCAAGACCUAGGCUAUCACCAGCCUCAAGGUCUGAGUUUUGCAUCUUCUGGGUCAUUCCCUCCACUCGAAAAUUUCGAUUUCGAAACAGCAUUAUCCCAGGCACCGCAGACUGGGUGUCCAACCGACCCCCCCAACAUAUUGUGGGACUCGUCCUUCCAGACAAUUCCUAACUAUCCAUCACUCGAUGCUUCCAUUCACAUAUCCAUUCACCUCCUUACAUCUCAAAUCAAUUCCCUCAAUACUCGUAUCCAUGAACUGGAGAUGGGAUAUAAAAAAACGAAUGCUAUAAUUGAGGACUUCACGGCCUGGUCCAAGAAGAUGGAAAAACACUGCAACGAGAUGAACAAUACUUUAUUGGAACUAUUUGGGAUGAUUCAAAAACCAGAGUUCCUCCGAGGUAUACUUGAUGAGGCCUAUGAACCCCCCCUAUAG